AUGGAUACAAAUAUAGUGGGGAAUAGGUUUUAUCCUACGGGAGAGGAGCUAAUAAACCAUUAUCUGAAGAACAAAAUUCUAGCGUUAUCGAAGCUCAAAUCAAAGGAUCUGGUAUGGUACUUCUUCUCUCCGAAGGUGUACGCGUCCGCAAAGAAUAAGACAAUGAAGAGGACUACGCGGUUUGGGUAUUGGAAAGUGACCGGUAGGGAUCAAAAGAUUCGAGAGAAGAGAAGAAAUGAUGUUGAAGUUGGGAUUAAAAAGACGCUUGUGUACCAUCAAGGUAGGGUUUCUAGUGGCGUUUGCACUCCGUGGGUUAUGCACGAGUAUCACAUCACUUGCUUGCCUCUUCAUCAGAGGAACUAUGUUAUCUGCAAAAUAAUUUAUAGGGGUGAAGCUGAAGACAUCCCAUCCGGUAGUAACUCAAGUGAACCAAGUCAGUCUUUGGUCAUUGAUUCAACUCCUGUCCCAGCGAUUAGCACACCGCCUGAAGUUGAGCAGCAAGGUGAAGAAAGUUUCUCUGGUUUGUCUGUGAAUGAUUUCACAUUGCUAAUGAACGAACAAGAGGAUCCAAAUACGUUUCUCAGCAACAACAACAACAACCACCCUAGCGUGCAGCUACAAACUCCUUACUUAGCCCAAGACGAUGAUGAGUUUUUGGGUGGAUUGAUGCAUGUUAACCGCGGGCAGGUUGAUUAUUUGUUUUCUGAUCAAGAACUGUGA